GAUCCAAGCUUGGGCACAGCUGCAAGGGCUGGUAACUUGGUCCUCCUGCAGUUCCUGGUUGGACUGAAAUCAGCGACUGAAGAUGAGCUGGUUGGGGAGUUGGUGGUGAAUAUACUAAAGGUUUGUCCAGAUUUACUCAGCCGGUAUUUUAAGGAAACACAAUACUCUUUUGUUCCCCGACUCAAAACUGCCUGGCUGGACAACAUCAAACUUCUGAAAAAGAUUUAUGAUGCCCAGCCACCAGUGUCUGUCGCCUUCAAGACCACAGAAUAUGUGCCUCUUCCACGGCUGAUAAAUAUGGUGAUGAUAACAACUGUGGCUCCUGUGUGCAACAAGACCAUGCUCACUCAAGGCCUUAAUGUGCCAAAUAAGAUUGUAAAACAUACAGUCUUGUCCCUG